UGUUCAUUAAGAAAUAAGGCUAUCCAGGCCAAGACCAUCGAUGGUAUAAUUCAACUAGCCAAAUAUUAAUUCUAUAUCAAUUCAAAAGAGGAUAUGGAACAGCCGUGGGCACUAUCUCAAGUGCUUUCCUGGUCAUGAUUAGUAUUAGACCUGGAUCAUAACCCUAGCCAGACUAUCUUAUCAGUGGACAAGCAAGUCAUCGGCCAGCAGUCCGCGGUCUCACACGGAAUAUAUUUCCGGAUUGGUCGAGUGUCGUAAUGCCCGCAUCAUGCCAUUCAAUGUUAUAAAGAUGAAUGUGAUGUCACUGCCUCAAUUACCUUUUCAAUACAGUUAAAUAUGUACUCUACCUUUUUAACGGAUGCUAGCUUAUAAGAGUCUACAUGUAUACAUAAUGCCAGACCCCAUCCAACAAUGGAAAUCCAUCGGCGUCGUUGGCGCCGGCAGCAUGGGCUCAAUGAUGACCUUUGCAUUCGCCGAACUGGGCCUCGACGUGUCCGUCUGGGACGUGGAUGGCCGGAAUGUUGACAAAGUGAUGAACUUGAUCAAAACCUCGAAAGAACAGUUCAAGGGAACGAUCACAGGAUACAAAACCAUUGACGAAUUUGUCCGCAGUCUCGACGGCGGUCGGCGCAGGCUUUUCAUGUUUUCGAUCACGCAUGGAAAACCGGCGGAUGAAGUUCUGGGUCGGAUAAAGAAGGAUCUCAAGAAAGGAGAUGUUAUUCUCGAUGGCGGGAAUGAGUAUUAUCGUCGCACGGAGAGACGGCAGGAGGAGCUGAGGCCGCUUGGGGUGAAUUGGAUUGGGAUGGGAGUGUCGGGGGGAUACCAGUCAGCGCGCAGAGGGCCGAGUUUGUCGCCGGGAGGAGACAGGCAGGCGAUCGAACAGGUGCUGCCGUUGCUAGAGCUGUAUGCCGCAAAGGAUAAGAAAUCAGGGAAACCGUGCGUAACAUACAUCGGGCCCGGCGGAGCUGGACAUUAUGUGAAAAUGUGCCAUAAUGGGAUUGAAGGGGGGAUGCUGUCGGCUAUCUGCGAGGCAUGGGUGAUUAUGCACCAGGGGCUGGGCAUGGGCUACGAUGAGAUCGGGGAUGCGUUUACGCAGUGGUCGAAGAGCGGCGAGUUGAGGAAUACAUUUCUGCUCGAUAUCGGGGCCGAUAUCUGCCAUAGAAGGAAAACCGCCCGCGGUGUUGGUAGGGGCGAAGGCGUUGAUCCGGCUGGCGGAUAUGUGCUGGACGAUGUGCUUGAUAAAGUCGUUCAGGACGAUGAUGAUACCGAGGGGACACCGUUAUGGGCGAUCAUGGAGACAGCGUCCCGGCACGUCUCUGCGCCGACGUUGGCAGCUGCACACUACCUUCGUAUCGCCAGUGGAAACCGUAAUCAACGUCUGCGAGUAACGAAGAAGCUGGACAUCCAUGGCUGCAGGCCUUUCCAGAUGCGAGACAAAAAGACAUUCAUUGAGACCUUACGGCGAGCAGUCUAUGCCGCAAUUCUUGCCUCGUACUGCCAGGGCCUGGAGCUUAUCGCCCGCGCUUCGAAGCAGGAGAAAUGGGACGUCGAUCUAGGGAAAUGCAUUCAGAUCUGGCGAGCAGGCUGUAUUAUCCAGUCAGAGGCGAUUGCCGACAUGUUGCAGCCUGUUCUGUUGCAAGAUGUCCAGAUUAUGAACAUAAAGCUGAUCGAUGAAGUGUCUAGAGACCUGCACGGCAGCUACGAGGCCUUGAAGGAGGUUGUCCUCAAAUGCACCGAGAUGGACGCGUGUGUGCCAGCACUGUCGGCAUCGCUGGAGUACAUCAAGUACGAGGGCAGCACGAGUCUGCCCACGCAGUUUAUGGAGGCUGAGAUGGACUACUUUGGCGCGCAUGCGUACUGGAAGGCUGGCCAGCCAGGCGAGGAUCCAGGGCUGGUCAAGAAGGGGCCGCACCACUACGAGUGGAAGCCUGCUUGAUAGCUAUACAGCCAAGGGCCGAUAUGAUAUAGAUUUCAAAAAUAAAACAAUUGAGAUAAAUUAGGUGAAGUUGAAGUUAGU